CUUCCCUCUUCAAAAACCCUCGUCCCCUGUACUUGAUUCAAAACCCAUCUCCUCAGGCUCCUUCGUAAACCAAAGAGAGAGAGAAGAUGAAGAUAGAAGAGGUUCAAUCCACAACAAAGAAGCAGAGAAUCGCUACUCACACCCACAUCAAAGGUCUUGGUCUUGAGGCCAAUGGAAAGGCAAUACCUUUGGCAGCUGGCUUUGUGGGUCAGGCUGCAGCAAGAGAAGCUUCAGGCCUUGUGGUUGAUAUGAUAAGGCAAAAAAAGAUGGCGGGCCGAGCUCUUCUGCUCGCUGGACCCCCUGGUACUGGGAAGACUGCACUUGCCCUGGGAAUAUCUCAAGAGCUCGGUAGCAAGGUUCCAUUUUGCCCAAUGGUUGGCUCAGAAGUGUAUUCCUCAGAAGUGAAGAAAACUGAGGUUUUAAUGGAAAAUUUCAGACGUGCCAUUGGUCUACGUAUCAAGGAAAAUAAGGAGGUUUAUGAAGGAGAGGUGACUGAACUCUCCCCAGAAGAAACUGAGAGUAUGACAGGUGGUUAUGGAAAGAGCAUUAGCCAUGUAAUUAUUGGGUUAAAAACUGUAAAAGGAACCAAGCAGCUGAAGUUGGACCCAACUAUUUAUGAUGCCUUGAUUAAGGAAAAGGUAGCUGUUGGUGAUGUUAUAUACAUUGAAGCCAAUAGUGGAGCAGUAAAAAGGGUUGGUAGGAGUGAUGCAUUUGCUACAGAAUUCGAUCUUGAGGCUGAAGAGUAUGUUCCACUACCUAAAGGAGAGGUUCACAAAAAGAAGGAGAUAGUUCAGGAUGUUACACUACAUGAUCUGGAUGCUGCAAAUGCACGGCCUCAAGGCGGACAAGACAUAUUGUCUCUCAUGGGUCAGAUGAUGAAGCCCAGGAAAACAGAAAUUACUGACAAGUUACGACAAGAGAUAAAUAAGGUUGUUAACCGUUAUAUUGACGAAGGUGUCGCAGAGCUCGUUCCUGGAGUCUUAUUCAUAGAUGAGGUACAUAUGCUGGAUAUGGAGUGCUUUUCAUACUUGAAUCGCGCUUUAGAGAGCUCACUAUCUCCAAUAGUAAUUUUUGCCACAAACAGAGGAAUAUGUAAUGUAAGAGGAACAGAUAUGACCAGUCCUCAUGGCAUACCUGUCGACUUGUUAGACCGAUUGGUGAUUAUACGGACUGAAACUUAUGGUCCAGCUGAAAUGAUACAGAUUUUAGCCAUCCGUGCACAGGUUGAAGAGCUGACUGUAGAUGAGGAAAGUUUGGCUUACCUUGGAGAAAUUGGACAGCAAGCAUCUUUAAGGCAUGCAGUUCAGCUCUUAUCGCCUGCCAGCAUUGUGGCUAAAAUGAAUGGCCGGGACAGUAUUUGCAAGGCGGAUCUUGAAGAAGUCUGUUCCCUAUAUCUGGAUGCCAAAUCUUCCGCAAAGCUUCUUCAAGAGCAGCAGGAUAGAUACAUAUCAUAAUGAACUGAACCCAACCCUUCCGGUGCAUGAUUACUGUGGCUGAAAACAGUAAUUCAUUCAGAUAUAUUACCUACGGAUGGGAUGCUAUUGAAAUGCUAACCGGCAUUGAAUUUAAAAUUUAAUCCAGGACAUGGCCACCACUCAACUUCUACUCCAUCAUGUUUUCAGGGGGCUCUCGAAUGCCAAUGUUUCUCCGGAGGCCGUAGUUUGAAUUCUGAAGUGGUUUUGGUGUUUGCUAGUUCUUACAAUUGGCUUCUUUGUCCAUGUAGUGGUUUUGAAUGGGUAGUUAAUGGAUUUUCAGUGACGAGAACUACAUUAUGUAAUCGGGGUGGAUUCCAAGAGUACAAGACUGUUACUCCCAUGUAGAUUUAAUUUCGGUUAACGUUAAAGUUCAUACUUAUUUAAUAUAGCAUUUGCUUUGUAAGAAUCAAUGCAGAAAAUGUUUGUGCAUCUUUUUAAUUCCUUUUCCUUUAGAGUACACCAAAAGUUUACUGUAUCAAAAAUUCAUUUAUAUGGUUGUAUACAAAGCAAAUUAAGGGCA